AUGGACUCUGCAGCGGAGUAUGUGCUGCUCAUGGACUUCAUCCCUGUGGAUGACAAGAGCUCCAGAUAUGUAUUCCACAGCUCCUCGUAUCUGGUGGCAGGCAGGGCCGACGUGGUGCCCCUGGGGAGGAUGGACUUCCACCCAGACUUCCCCGCCAGAGGCUUCCAGUGGAUGAAACAGGUGGUCUCCUUCGACACACUUAAACUGACCAACGACCUGCUGGAUGACAAUGGACAUGAGCGACAAGCGGUGGUCAGCGCCAGACCCAUGCCUCACUCUCUGCCCACCUGGCAGCCACAGGAGGGCAGCCAUGAGUUUGGCAGUACGUCAGGAAAGCAAUGA